AUGGCGCCAAGGCCCGCAGGUCUCCCACGCCGACAGACAAACGGAGGAGUGAAGAACAACGCGCGCGCCAAUCUCCGACUCCGAAGAGCUCGAGAUGGAGGCGGCGGCGGCGGAAGGGGAAGGGGCUGGGAAAGAAACUGCCGCAGCUGGUGGAGGCCAGAAGCAGUCGGCGAAGGGGCGGGCACAGCAGAGAGCCGUGGGGCUUUAAUGACCUUGGCCGCUUAUUACUUUUGCUUUCAGAUUACAGUGCUGGGCACUCCUGCCGAGGAAGAUGGAGGAGGCAAAAUAGACUUGAUUAAAGCUGGAGCUUUUGAUGAUCUAGAUGUUGUUUUCAUGGCUCACCCCUCCCAAGAAGAUGCAGCUUAUCUGCCUGAUGUAGCAGAACAUGAUGUGACUGUGAAAUACUAUGGAAAAGCUUCUCAUGCUGCUGCUUACCCUUGGGAAGGAGUAAAUGCAUUAGAUGCUGCUGUUCUUGCAUACAACAAUCUGUCACUUUUAAGACAGCAAAUGAAACCAACCUGGAGAGUUCAUGGUAUAAUAAAGAAUGGAGGUGUGAAACCUAAUAUCAUCCCUUCUUAUGCUGAAUUAGAAUUUUACUUGCGCGCCCCUUCGUUAAGAGAACUCUCAGUCCUGACAGAAAAAGCAGAGAACUGUUUUAAAGCUGCUGCUCUGGCCACAGGAUGUGAAGUGGAACUACAAGGUGGAGCAAAUGAUUAUUACAAUGUGCUUCCUAACAAGAGUCUGGAAAAAGCUUACAUAGACAAUGGGAAGAAGCUUGGCAUGGAGUUCAUCUUGGAUGAUAACUUGAAUGGGCUGUCAGGUUCUACUGAUUUUGGAAAUGUUACCUUUGUGAUUCCUGGGAUUCAUCCCUAUUUUUACAUUGGGUCAAAUGCACUGAACCAUACUGAGCAGUACACAGCUGCUGCAGGGUCAGAAGAAGCACAGUUCUAUGCCUUGCGGACAGCUAAAGCUUUGGCGAUGACUGCGUUGGAUGUUAUUUUCAAACCAGAUCUGUUGGAAAAGGUUAGAGAAGAUUUCAGAAUAGUAAAGCUGAAUGAGGAAGAUCACUUCAAUGCACCUGAACAUGGAAAAGGGUCUCUUCUUGGUAUUGGAGCUGCAUGUGCCUCACGCUGAAGAACAGCACUUUGCAAGUUUAAACCCAAUAGAAUAUCCUGAAUUGUUCUACUUGAAUUCUAGGGAAUGUUUAAUAGCUGAAGAGAUGCUGACGUUUUAAGUGGCGCAACUAAAUGACCUCAGUGUACUUCGAAAAUAUCUGUGGUCUAGUGUCAUGUAACUGUCUGAAUUUGGCAGACAAAAUUACAUGAUGAUUUCUCUGCAGUGAAUGAAAAUGUGCUGAAUAUCUUAGCUUUGCAGAUUUUUGCAAGAUAUCUUUUGAAUUGCUAGUACAAUUGCUGAAAAGUUGAGUUACUCAUAGUAAAUGUUGCCUUAUCAAGGAACUAUGAAAGAUGUUGCAUGUUCAGCUUACUAUAUACAAAACAACCAAAUGCAAACAAUCAGGAAUAACUAGUGUACUGGAUACAUCUUUGAGUGUUUAACACAGGUUUUUUAAAGAUAACAAUGCCAAAGGCUGGGUUGCUGUUACUCAAGAUGUGUUCAGGUCAGAAAUUUGUUUUUGCUUCCAGAUAGUCACACUAUUUGAGACUGAGAGCUCAACAUUUGAAAAUACAUUUUACUACUUGGUCAUUUGACUGUUUUUUCUGAAAGGCUAUAUUGUAAUCACUUGAUAUUUCACUUGUAAUGGGGCACUACUGUUCUGUCCAAUCUGUACUUUCUAAGUCACGUAUAUCCCAUAGUAGUUGCGCAUAGAGGAAUUAGGUUUCUUGAUUCUAAUGAACUACAAGUAUAAUCUCACAGAUCUUUCCCAUCUUUUUCCAGCAGCACCCUUUUGAUUGCAAUAACUUGAUGGGUGGGAGGGAAGAGCCUUGUAGGCAAAAUACCACAGGAGGCUGCAGAAGGACAAGAAAUUUGGUUGAAACUGGCCCCAACUCAUUUUCACCAGUGGCCCUUCCAACAGGUGGAAGAGCUCCAGUGCAGAAGAUGAUAGUGGACUGAUUUCAUCAGAUUCUUUUCCUCCAUAGUGGCCCUUGUGCCACGUGGUGUUUUGUCUUCAAAGCUCUCCCAGCACCCAUCAUCAGCUUUUAAUGGGCUGUAGGGGAGGGUACGCACCACUUCUGGUUGUGGGAUCCAAUCCAACAGCUUGGUUCCAGCAGAGCAUUUUCAUGAGUGGAAGGAUUUCUGACCACAGCACACAUCUCACUCACCUCCUGUUGCAACCCAAAAUGCUGUUUAGGCAAAAAAAGUUAUCCUCCAUAGACAGAAAUCUUUCCAUGCACAGAAACACUCCUUUGAAUCCAAUCCUACAUGUAUAAAACAGGGUAGCCAGUGGAACCCAGUUCCUAACAAAAUGCGAGUGCUUGCUUACCUCAGAAUUCAUUACGUAUUAAAUGUAGGUGGUUGUGUGUGACAGUUAAAGAUGAAUAUUUUGUACUUACAGGAUCAGAAAAGCACUCUGGUAAGCUCAUGGCUGAAAACACUUUACUGUAUAGUCUUGUCAUGCACUAGUAGAUCUGUAUAUGGAAAAAUAAUUCAUUUCCUUAAUUUAGAUGCAAUACAAACUAGAUUGUUAAAUGAUGAAGAGCUGUAUAUUGGUGUUAUACAGGUAAAAGUAUCCUUAUGACCACAUAGAAGGGGGAGGGUUGUAGAAUUUUCCACUUUUCUUUUCUUAGUGCACAAGGGAGAGAAGUUUUAGGUAUGCUACCUGGAAUAGCUACAAAUGUCAGUCUCCAGUAUAUUUCGCCCUCUAAUUUUGUUUCAUAUUUAUAUUCAUUUUUUAAAAUGGAAUUACCUAUAAUUUUUGUCAGUUUGGCCUCACUGUGACGCUACCAGCAGCGCUUUUUGCAUCUAGCAGACAUCUGAAGGAAAGCUUCUGAAAAAAAGCUACAACAAUCAGCUAAUUUAGACAGUACCAGCUUCCUCACCUUUCCCCAAACAAAUGUCUCUAUCUCUUCAAGAAGCAGCAGCAAGUUUUGGGCCUCAGCUGUUGAACUGUAAUGGGGUAGACAGCUGGAUAAAAAAGCUGUGUUAGACUCCAUGGAAGACACAGUAGGACCUGCUACACCUGAGCUUGUGCUCAAACAGCUUCUGGGCCAGAAGUGAACAGCCUUUGCAGUUUGCAAGUAGCCAGCCUAGUGGCUGCACCUGUCAGUAAUCCUUGUUAGGUGUUCCUCUUUCACUCAAAUGUUGUCCUUUUAGCCUCUUUUAUCUUCUGUGGGUAAUGUGAAGAUAAUGCAGAUGCAGUUGUAUGCAUUUUGCCAAAAUCCUUCAGGGUAGUAGAAAUAAAGUGACAAAGCUGUUAUUUAAUUUCAUUUUCAAGUACAAAACAGAUCACCCAUGAGAGCUGUCCGGAAAUAUAUAGACCAGUGAUGGCGAACCUUUUAGAGACCGAGUGCCCAAGCUGUGACCCAAAACCCAC